CUUUCAGUGGUCUUGAAGCCAACUUUGCAUCAACCUUCGAACCAUAUUCUCAGUCAUCCUUCCUCGUCUGUACACAUUCCUAUUGGCCAAAAGUUUACAGGCAAAUCUCACUGGACAAGUAAGCUAAGUUCUUAAGCCUGAAGCAUGUUUGUUGUAACUUCGUAAGCCCAACAGUUAGUUGGUUCAGCUACCUACCUAAGCAUAAAAUACCCCUCUCAACAUCCAUCGCGCUAUCUUUCAAACUAAACGAUCACCUCAAGGAAGUGUGCCUCGAAUCUCCGCUCAGCAGAAUCUUAAACUAUGACUUCGGAUUCGGAACGUGGGAAAAGGCUCCUGUCUACCACAAUCGACAGUCUUGCUCUCACAGAGCCCGACAGACCUUGGAUUUCCGUACCACGAAAUGACGACGAUUUAAGCAAAGGCUUCACCGACAUCUCUUUCAAACAAUUCAGCAAUGCAAUAAAUCAUGCAGCACACUGGUUGGACUCGAGCCUUGGUAAGGUCGCUUCCAAAUUCAAAGCAUUUGCAUAUGAAGGGCCGGCAGAUGCUCGUUUAGCAAUUAUUACAGUUGCGGCUGCGAAGGUUGGACGGAAAAUACUUUUGCCGUUUCCAUUGGCGCCGGCGCAAAUAAAAGGUUACUUGCUGGAUAAGACCGAGUGCACGGCUUUCAUCUAUGCAGAAACCUCUCGGCAUUCCAUCCAAAGCAUACUCGACGAGCAGCCCCACUUACGUGCAAUCGUUGCUCCGCCGCUUCUAGAAUGGAUGACAGAGGCACAAGCAGAGCCAUAUGGCUUUGACAAAUCAUGGGAUGAAGCUGCGGACGACCCGUGGAUUAUAUUCCAUACUUCUGGCACAACAGGACUACCGAAACCAAUCAUCUACACAAAUCGUAUGAUGACCAUAUCAGAUACAGCAGAAUUUCUACCGGGUUCGAAUCAGGAGUCGCAAGCAAGCCAUUUCGCCAAUAGAAGGGUCUACUCAACCAUUCCUAUGAAUCACCUUGUCGGCAUGGUAGUUGCACUACAAGGAACGGUAUGGUUAGGAACAACCGUCGUCCUCGGACCAACAAAAUCCACCACUCCACCACUCGCCGCCCAAGUAAUCCAACACGGCCGAGUCGAAGGCCUCAUAGCACCUCCCAUCCUCAUCAAAGCCUUAUCCCUCCAACCCGCCUCCCUCCACCACCUCCGCGCCUUACAAUUCAUCGACUUCGCCGGCGCCCCUCUCGACCACGUAACCGGCGACCUCCUCAAAGGCCACACGAAACUAAGCCCCGCCUUCGGCACCACAGAAGGCGGCCCCUACCUCACGCUCCCCUGCGCCGAUCCCAACGACUGGGCGUACCUGCGCUUCCGUCCGAGUCAAGGCAUCACGUUCCAGCAGCGCUCUGAGCAAUUCUAUGAACUCGUGUUCAAGAAAGAGAAGGAUGCUCACUGGCAGCAGAUCUUCCUCCUCUAUCCCGAGCUAGACGAAUAUCCGACCAAGGACCUCUUCCAGAAACACCCGAGUAAGGAAGGUCUAUGGCUUUAUUCGGGGAGAGCAGAUGAUAUGGUUGUGCUUGCUAACGGGAAUGGGUUGCAUGCUUCGAGUAUGGAGGACAUUAUUGAGCGGCAUUCGAGCGUGAAAGCUGCGUUGGUAGGUGGUGAUGGGAGGGAUCGGCCUUUUCUUUUACUUCAAGCCUCGGAUGAGGUUUUGGAGGUUGCGAAGGAGAGAGAUGAUGUGUUAGAGGUUGUCUGGUCAGCGGUCGAAGAUGCGAAUUCGGUGAGUUCUGAGAUGGUGAGGAUUGACCGGGAGCAUGUGGUACUUUCGGAGCCAGCGAGGCCGUUUUUGAGGAGUGGGAAGGAUACGCUGUUGAGAAGGGAGACGGUGGCGCUUUAUAAGGAUGAGAUUGAGGCGAUAUAUGAGAGGUCAGAAUAG